GUGUACCCGGAAGGUCGUCAGUCCGGGCUCCAAAUACGUAACAGCGAGUUUCUAAGUGAGUCACACGGACGCGGCUGGUCUCUAGUGAAAUAUAAUCCUUCACUCUUCUCAACGGUUCCCUCUUCGGAAGGAAGCGCAGUCCACAGCGACGUCCGAGGGCGUGAUCGCCUGCGUCGCACCCGCGUCUCCAGUGGCCACCCCUUGUCCUACAGGAACGCGCAUCUGCUUAGCAGGCGCUGAGCCCUUGAGGAGGCCUAAAAUGAAUGAACGUGGCUCUGCCUCCUGAGCAGGCUCACAGUUGUGGGUGGCGAACAGGAGGGUGUCCAUGCCUAAGGUCGACGGCGAUAAGACAGACGUUCUUCCCAGGAGGAGAUCAUUUCCACGUGGAGAGGUAUGAAGAACGAGGAACACUGCCAGGGGAGUUUCUUGCUCUGCAAAAUAAGGGAGUGCGUACUGAAUUACCUUUUCCAGCUCCAACAUCCAGGAUUUCAGCACUACCUGCAGAGUAGUGGGAGGAGAGCUAGAGGAAGAAGUGAAGAUAAACCACUCGAAGCGGGUGUCUGCGUCCGUGGUGGCUGGGACAGCAGCAGUAGUGCUGUCCAUCUGCUCGCCGGCCGAGGGGUGGCACAUCCUAGCCUCUAUCUUUUCCCCAGAGAAUAUCCCUCUCUGCGCUUCCCCCAUCUCAGCCUUUUGGUGUGUAAACAGUUCUAGUGUGACUCAUUGGUGCUUGUGUUAGCCCCUUUACCAGCAAGUACUUGUUAA